CUUUGUUUUCGUUCAGUUACAUUAAGUGACACACGAUCCUGUCUCAGCUCCAGCUCUAGCACUUUGCAGUGGCCAAUUGAUUACAAAAAUUUAUGGUGAAGAUAAUUAUAUGAAUUAUUUCUUCAACUUAAGAAAACCGUCAUUGCAAUGUCUUCAGCAUAUUCAGAAAACGUCGCAAACUCAUAUUAUUCAUACCCUGGAAAUUCUAAUGAGACUUCUGUAUCAGUACAUCCCCAGAAUAAUGAUGAUAUCAAUGACUACAGUGAACCAUUGACUAAAGGAAUGAAAUCCAAUACAAAGUGUUUCAAAAUAACUUUUGAUGCCUUCAAGAUGGAAAUAUUAACUUUUCUUAUUUUGUUUUCAAUUAACGUAAUUCAAACUACAUCAACAUCCAUGAUUCUGGACAAAGUAUGCUUAGUUCAUUUCAAUUAUUCUGCCGAAAUUUGCAAUAAUUUAAACAAUAAUACCGAAAUAAAAUCAGCAGUGGAGAAACUGGCUACCAACUAUCAUCUUGGAUAUUCUCUUAUCAAAACCGUUCCGUCAGCUAUACUAUCAGGCUUCAUCGGCCCAUGGAGCGACCAAUAUGGUAGGAAAGCUCCAAUGCUCAUUGCUAUCUUUGGAGUUACUAUAGAGGCACUUGGAUUAGCUACAUGUUCUUAUUUCAUGCAAUCAAGAGUGGAGUAUUUCUUUAUUCCGGCAUUAUUCUCAGGUUGUUUUGGAGGUGUUAUCACCAUAUUGGCAGUAAUCUACAGUUAUGCAUCGGAUUUGACAGCAGAAGAGCGAAGGACUACGAAGUAUGCUUUCUUAGAAAUGGCGAUAGGUUUAGGCGAACCUUUAGGGUCAGCAUCUGGAGGAUGGAUUGCAAAUUUUGUAGGAUAUCCACCAGUAUUUCUGCUAUCAGCAAGUGGAUUCGUCAUCAGUUUUAUCUGGGUAGCAUUUCUGUUACCCGAGACUAGAGGUCUCGGUAACGAAGACGAUUCAAGAUAUAAAAAGCUGUUUACUUGCAAGGGAAUAAAAGAAAGCUUCGAGACAACUACAAAGAAGAGACCUAAUAAGGGCCGGAAGCAAUUAUUGUUGCUCAUUUUAUCCAUGUGCAUUGUUGUCACUACUGCUUAUUGUUCAGGCAGCAUCAAUUUCCUCUUCGUCCAUCAUCAGUAUAACUGGGGACAAACGAUCUACUCAUACAUUACGGCUAUUUAUUCCAUUGUUGGUACGGUCACGUUAGCUGCUAUGGUACCGACAUUUAAAUACUUUAAGCUAGGAGAUCCUACUCUCGGACUCAUUGGAACAACAUCCAUGAUUAUGAAGUUCAUUUGCUUCGGAUUGGCGUGGAAUCCUAUUCUUUUUCACUUUGGUAAUAUUCUAGGUUGUGUGGGCCGCUGCUCUCUAUUUGCAGCACGUUCCAGAAUUUCAAAAUUGGUCUCCAACGAUGACUUGGGCAAGGUUUUUUCUUUCAUGGCAACUUUCGAAACUUUGUUUCCUCUUUUGAUGGUCAUUCUCAUCUCUGAGAUUUUUAAUUCAUUCCUGGAUACAUAUGCUGCGAUGCCAUACCUCAUACUAGCUCUCUGUCUGCUGUUACCACUUGCAGUUUUCAUUUGGAUAAUUCGUUUGUCAGCCAAGGAUUCUACAUAUAAAUAUAUCGAAGAGGAAGGAACGGAUGCUUGAGUAUGGAGCUAUUAAAUGGUACAACUUCAGUUAUCCGGAAUCCAGCUAUCCAGACUAACGUGAUAAAAAAGAAAGGAAGGAAGGAAGAAAUCUCCAAAUAAAAUCUUCUGGGGUAAAAACGUGUAAAAAUCGCGAAUCAUCUGACUUAGGGAAUAUUUGAA